AGAUGAUAAUAAAAUGGAGCGUGAAGCUCCAUAAGUCUAAAAAACGAGUGGCCUUUAACAAAACACUUCUAUUCCUACGAGGCCACAACUAUCAUUUUUGUUUCUCUAUUUAAAGCCCAAAAAUUAACAACCAAAGUUCCAGUUUCAGAAUUCAGAGUACUUUCAAAUUGAGCUGAAGUUUCAACUUGAAAAUGGAGACCAAUGGGGUGAUGGUGAAGUCAUAUUUGUCUGACGGAGUUAACAACCUAGAAAUUGAAACCCCAAACAAUAUCACAAUCAAAGGCAUUCUUGGAUUGUUAAUGGCAAAUACAGAAACAACAUCUGAUGAUGAAGAUGAAGAAAAUGGUUGCAACAAUCUGAAGAAGAAUAUGAAGAGGAAGAAGAAAGUGAUAUCAUUGGGAAUGGGUGACCCUACAGCAUAUUCUUGUUUUCAUUCACCUGCUGUUGCACAGGAUGCUGUUCUUGAAACUCUUGCUUCUCAAAAAUUCAAUGGUUAUUCUCCAACUGUUGGCCUUCCUCAAGCAAGAAAGGCGAUCGCAGAUUAUUUAUCCCGUGAACUUCCAGACAAGUUAUGUGCAGAUGAUGUUUAUGUCACAGCUGGUUGCACCCAAGCCAUUGAAAUAGCCUUGUCCAUUUUGGCUCGCCCUGGUUCUAACAUAUUGCUGCCAAGGCCUGGUUUCCCAAUUUAUGCACUUUGUGCUGCCUUUAGACACAUCGAAGUUCGAUACUUUGAUCUUGUUCCAGGCAAGGGCUGGGAGGUUGAUCUCAAUGCUGUUGAAGCUCUAGCAGAUCGUAACACGAUUGCAAUAGUUGUUAUAAAUCCUGGCAAUCCUUGUGGAAAUGUUUAUAGUUACGAGCAUCUUCAAGAGAUUGCAGAAACUGCAAAGAAGCUUAGGACCAUAGUGAUCGCAGAUGAAGUAUAUGGGCAUCUUGCUUUUGGUGCUAAACCAUUUGUGCCUAUGGGAGUUUUUGGAGCCAUUGCUCCCGUGCUUACUCUCGGUUCUUUGUCUAAACGAUGGUUAGUCCCUGGCUGGCGCCUCGGUUGGCUUGUCACAAAUGAUCCCAAUGGCACCUUCAAAAACCCAAAGUUUGUUGAGCGCAUUAAGAAGUAUUGUGACAUUUGCGGAGGUCCAGCUACCUUUAUACAGGCGGCUGUCCCUUGCAUUAUUCAGCAAACCGAAGAUGUCUUCUUCAGGAAGACCGUUAACUUGUUGAAGCGGACUGCAGACAUUUGUUGCGAAAAGAUAAAGGAGAUUCCUUGUAUUAGCUGCCCACAUAAACCGGAAGGCUCAAUGGCUGUAAUGGUGAAGCUGAAUGUAUCACUUUUGACAGACAUUAGUGACGAUAUUGACUUCUGUUUCAAACUGGCGAAAGAGGAAUCUGUUAUACUCCUUCCAGGACUUGCUGUGGGUCUAAAGAAUUGGAUUAGAAUAACCUUUGCAGCGGAUCCGUCUUCUCUUGAAGAAGCACUAGGAAGGCUCAAGUCGUUCUGUCAAAGGCAUUCAUAUCAACAAAAUGUUCAUUGUUGAUUGCAGUUAGUAAGCAAUCCUUGUAAUAGAUCUUCUACGCUGAGCACCUCAGCUACCGUUAGUUGCUAAGUCACAGUAUAAAUUGUACAAUCACAGUGUAAAUUACAGCAAUAUAUUGAUUUAUAAA